UGCCCAGUGUCUACGUUCAUUUUCGAGAGAGUCAGUGAGGGGUUUGUUCUGCCUUUUUGUUGACAUUUUACGUUAAGGCAGCAAGCUGGACGGCGAAAUGUUUCAACGUCAGAAGAAUUGGAUUUCUGACGUGUUGUGGAAACCGAAAAAGGCUCAUUCUCUGGAGCAGUUAAGGUAUCUCCAUUAUGUGCUUACUAAGAAUUCAACCGUGAAUGAGACCAACAGAGGUUUACUUGUUGAAACUCUGCGUUCCAUUGCGGAGAUUCUCAUCUGGGGAGAUCAGAAUGACAGCAGAGUGUUUGAUUUCUUUCUGGAGAAGAGCAUGUUGAUGUAUUUUUUAAAGAUGAUGAGUCAGAAGUCCAAUCAGAUUUGUGUUCAGCUGCUGCAGACUCUCAGCAUUCUGUUUGAAAACAUCAGGAAUGAGACAUCAUUAUAUUAUUUGCUAUCAAAUAACAGUGUCAAUUCCAUUAUUAUUCAUAAAUUCGACUUUUCCGAUGAAGAGGUGUUAGCGUAUUAUAUUUCAUUUCUGAAGACAUUAUCUCUCAAGCUUAACAGACACACUGUUCACUUUUUCUUCAAUGAGCACAAGAAUGAUUUCCCAUUAUAUACUGAAGCUAUCAAGUUCUUCAACCAUUCUGAGAGCAUGGUUAGAAUAGCAGUCAGGACACUCACCUUGAAUGUCUACAGAGUUGGAGAUAAGAACAUGCUCAGCUUUAUCCGUGACAAGACAGCAGAUCCAUACUUUUGGAACCUGGUGUGGUUUAUUGGCAAUCAUGCUAUUGAACUUGAUAACUGUGUCCUAAAAGAGUCUCACCACCUGAAGUGCGACAGACUGAAGGACUUGGUUGCGGAGCAUUUAGAUCAUCUGCACUACCUUCAUGAUAUCCUGUCACUUAAUAUCCAAGAUGUAAACGAUGUGUUAACUGGACAUUUCAUCAACCGUCUAUUGAUUCCUCUAUACAUCUACUCCCUGGUUCGAAAAAGACCUGAUAUGGAGCAGGAAACUCCUCGACUUGGCGUGAUGGUGGCUUUAUUCCUUCUUUCCCAAAUACUUUUGAUCAUGUCCCAUCCUCCACUAGUCUCUAGCCUGGUUGAUGUUCUUGUUAAUGGUGAUGAAGUUGCCUCAGAAGGAACCCCUGAGGAUUCUCCAUUACCGCUAAGAAAGGCAUGUUCUGUUAGCAGUUCAGCUGCUAGUGUUAGAACUUUCCAAAGACCUGAAGAAACCCUGGAGGAGUCUUUAGUUGCCCGUGGAGUCAACACAGAGGGGUACUCUUUCCUUGGCAGGACAUCAUCUUUGGGUCCUUUGUCUAGAGGAAGAUCUUUACAUGUGGCAAACUCCAAGUUUUAUGUUAAAGGUAUGAUUUCUUCUUCAAACCACACUGCUAUCAUACAGCUGGCACAAGUGGUUCAAUUUAGAGGAUGGAUAUACGUAUCUAUGUCUAGUGGAGAGAGCACAGUUUGUUUUGUGAGCACUUAUUCAAUGGAUAGUGUGGAUAAAAACUUGCUUGAAUCAAUAGGAAUUUCCUCGGCUAAGACAAAAGUGCCGUACAACGAGAAUUUAGUAGAAAAUCUUAUCAGAGUUCUGGAACUUGGUUACCGAAAUGGGAGUCAAGUACGCGUGGUAACAUUGGAGAUGCUUAUAAUACUGCUCAAGGAACUGAUCAUGUACACUGAGGAUAACACAAGACAUAGCUACCUUAAUGACAGACAUCUAGCCCUCAUCGAGAACGUACGCGAGGCCAGCACGCUGCAGUUAAGACAUUAUUAUAAGGAAGAUGAGAUUUUCUUGGACAUGUUUGAAGAUGAAUACCGACAAACAAAGGUGAAGCCGCCCAACCUGCAACAUUUGAUGAUGGACGCUGCGCUGCUCCUGCCGCUCACGGGAACUCCACUGACCGGAAUUGAGUUUUACAAGCGCCUGCCGUGUGGAGAAGUGGAGCACACCCGAAGGGCGAUCCGUGUGUUCCUGUUGAUGAGGGACCUUUGCCUGGCAUUGCUGGGACAGACAGAACAGCAGCUGCCUCUAUCCAAAGUUGAAAACUCUGUUCAUUUGGAAGAUGUCCUGGAUCUGAACAACAGUGACUUGAUAGCUUGCACUGUAAAGACAGAAGACAAGCAGCAGCGCCGUUUCCUGGUCAUAGACGAGGCUCAGUUUAUACUGGUUGAACCAGACACAACCAAGUUAGGUUGGGGCGUGGUCAAGUUUGUCGCUAGGCUUCAGGAUGUGGAGACUGCCCCUGAUAAGGAAGACAGUCGCUCCUUAUUCAUCACCAUUCAUCAACCCAGCUCAGCUCGAAGUCUUACCAAGGUCCGCUCCCGUCCUAUCCUGUCCGCUAAAUUCAUAUUUGAUGACUACAUUCGCUGCAUGUCGGCCAAACAGCGCCUCCAGAGGCGGCGUACAAUGCUCAGACAACAUAAGCUGCACUGCAUAGCACAGUUGCUGGAGCUACCAGCAAUGGCCUCCCCUCCAUCCCACUAUUACUCUAUAACCCCACCAGCUUAUGUCAACCUGGGCCCUGGGCAGCUAGAGUCACCAACAGACUCUCUAACUGAGCCCACAGACGAAGAAUUUGAUCGGCACGCGUCUCUCCAAGCGCACGCGCAAUCAUCUCAUGAUACGUCACAGGACUCUGUCCAGGCCUCGCUCGCCGGAGCCAUGGCCACACCCGAACAGUGUUUGUCUCCGAUGCACGGACAGGGUCGACGCACGACUUCUCAAGCUGAGGCGCUGGCUAGCGUCUUGGAACAGUCACCUCCGGCUGUCAAAACAACCAAUCGGUCUACGUCGGUAGAGGAGGCAACGGAAGCUAUAGAAAUGGAACUGACCAACGCUGUAGCUCAAGCUGUCCAAGAAAAUGACUCCACUGGCGAUUCUACUCCUGUGGAACGCCUAUCCCGCCCGCAUUCCAUGGAAAAUCUGCCGCAUAUAACUGCUAGGAGAAAUCCCGUGUCCCUUUCGGCCCCAUCCACACCCCGUGGGGAAAGGCGCUCCUGUCCGCCUAUUAAACUCGACGAAGUGGACAGCCUAGUAAGGUUAAAUACGCAGAACUCCAUGUCUGAGCCCGCGAUAUUUCUGUCUGGUCAGUGGGAUUCCUCUCCCGCGCAAGCCAAUAAACAAGUGGAAAGAAAACCGAAAAAGACUGGAAGCAAGAAAGGCGCACAACGAGUCAAGGGAAGACAAAGAAAGAGAUGAACACAGAUUAAUAAUAUUUUUAAAAUAUAAUUAGUAAUAAGUUGUAAUUAUUAUUGACGCUGCCGACAGAAAAUUGUCACUUUUCUGAAAAUACCAGAGAUAUUUAUAACAAACAGCAUGCAGUGUGUCGAAAUUGAAUUUAUUCUCCUAUCAGGAGGAAGGUGAAAUAAUUUUUUUAAAUUGACUUUAAAUGCCUGAUAGGUGUAUGUUAAUUGUAUUAAUUAAUCCUCUUAGGCAUCACAGGGAAGAUAUCUUGACCAAGAAGUAAUUUCUCCCCGGAAGAUUUUAAGAAAUGUAUGGGAAGAGUAAGGAGAAUAUGGUCGUGCGUAUACACGGAUUAGACUUUAAAUGAAAAGGUUUGAAACCGAACACGAAUGCACGGGUUAGAUUAUAAAUGAAAAGGUUUGGAACCGAACGGCUGCGUUUUAUUGGCCACUGUCAGAACUGUGGACCUCCUCGAGGUAUCCGUAACGCAAUGUUUUUAUUCAGUUUAAGUUUUGUUAAUAGAAAAAUUGUUUAGGGUAUUAAUUAGACAAUUAGGAGGAGGUGAGGUUCUAGGCGAAAGUCUAGUUAAAAAAAUUAGUUGUACAUCUUGAAUUAAUAGAUACUGUAUGAAAUGAAGAAACCAUGACAAAUAAAUCAACACGAAACCGAUUGGUAAUAACGCAGGCCACGAUGGUUUGUGUCCUACAAUGUUAUACUAUGGGCUACCUGUUCUGAAAAUAAAAACUGAAGGAAACCAAUCAAA